UUUUCUCAGCAUCAUGAGGCCUAAUCGAUGCUGGACCAUCCUCCAUGUGCCCAUCUUGGUUGGGCUGCUCCUCACCUUAAAUGCUCAGAGUGUGUCUUUUACAACAAGAACCAAAAAUCAAUCAAGUAACACAAAAGGUGACUCUGACUGUUCUACAGAAAUCAGAGUACGUCGCAACACAGUUUAUAAUGCAUCAGUUGGACAACAACUUUGGAUUCAUUGCCCAGUAUUUUUUUGCAAUGAUUCACCACCAACAGUCUCCUGGUUUAAAGUUGAGGCAACUGAUGUCCCCGUCAAUGUCAGCAGUGACAGUCACAUUAAAACAGAGUGGAAACAUUUAAAAGACUCAGCAGGGAUCUUCUAUUUGAUCUUCCAAAACAUUCUCAGAAGUGACUCUGGUCAGUAUAAGUGUCAAGGUGGAGGGAGUGUGAGUCAUUUCAUCACUGUCAGUGUCUACGAUCAUGUCGAAAUUACCACUGUUACACAGAAUAAUGUCAGAGCCAGCGCGACUUCUGCUCCUGACAACACAGAAAACUUGUUGCUGUACGUGUACUCUGCUGCUGGGAUCGCCACAUUCGUCAUCAUAGUCAUAAUCAUAUCUGUCAUAUCAAUGCGAGGCUGUAAAGGGAAGCCAAAGAAAGACAGUCAAGCUGAAAAUCAGUACAUGGAGAUCCCCAUGGUGGAGCGACCUCUUCCGCAACCCAGCUUGGAGCCCUCACAGAGAGGAAGCCCCUCUGCUGCUCCAUCUCGGAGAUCUACCAAGAGGAAAACUCCACCAAGGCAGCCCAAUGAGUUGAGAUUAUCAAGAGAGAAUGAGCAGGCUUAUGGCCUGAGUCAUGUGGGCAGAGAGAGACAGAGGAACACAGUGGAGGAGGAGAGCGGCUCUGUUGUGUAUGCUGCUCUCAACCACGAGCUGCCUCAGCGGGUUAAUCGGCCACGGAUGGAGGUGGAAGAGACCUCAGAGUACGCAGCCAUCCGUCUGGCAUAAAGACCAAGAACUGCUUGACUAAAUCACACUAGAGGACCACUGAUGAACAUCUGAAGCUGGUGUAACUUCACCAGAGGAGACCUGAAGGGCAAUUAGAAGGGAAUGCAGAGACUCGAAGUAAAGAGUGUGGAUACAUAAAACACAACUCAUCACGUCUGUAAAAACUGCUCUUUGAUCUUUGAGUUAUACAGCACAGACCAUCACACCUUGUCUACCUGAGAUCCUGAAGACUUGUUAAUAAUUUAAAUAGCAGAAGUAGCACCCUCACAGUCUGGUCAAUAUUUAAAAGCCUACAAGCUUUCAUAAGUGUUUUUACUCUCGCUGAUUAUGCCUCUGCUCAGUUUGGGAUUUAGCAGAGUUAUGCUGAGAUUCUUCACCAGAUUUCAUGCCACUAACAAUGGGUACACCAACCAGAACUGUGUUAGAGCAUGUUUGAUAUAUAUGGGCACAGUGUCUCAGCACAUACACUAUCAACCAGUGUACCUAGCAAAUUACACCUACAACGUCAAUCAACCAUAAAAUACAACCUGUGCCAAGCAAACUGCAAAGAGUAAGGACUAAUAGGCACACACAUUACAUUGUGUUUAGAUUUAAAGCUGUUAGGGAUUCGAACACCAAAGCUGUUGCCUCAUAUGGUGCUUAAUAGAAGCAUUUUGUGUCAUGUGGCAUCAUAAGCAGUAAUCUCCAGGGCUGAAAAAUGACGGAUGAU